UCUAAACCAGUCAAACCAGUUCGAGUUCGUCACAGCAGUUUCAUUCUGUGGCCAGAAGAAAUCGUGAAGAACACACUGUUAUCUGUAGGACAAUAGCAGACCUCCAGAAUGAGUGCCUCUGAAAAACACAACAGAAAAACAUAUGAGAGAUUUAAUUCAGACUCACCUGAACUCAGCCAUUUUUUGAAGAAGAAUUCAAUACACUUACUGACAAACUUCAACGAUAGAGACAGUUCUGCUGAUCUGAGAACAGUGAGUUCAGCUGAGAGUGUAAAAAUCACCUGUAAACAGCCACUGGAUUUAAUAUUCAGGGAGCUGGAACACAAAGUCAUCACUUUGAUGAAGAAUGAAUUGAACAGGUUCAGGAAACUCCUCAGUCCAGAUUACCCAGCAUGCACUGAGAGGGAGGUGGAGGAUGAGGAUGAGAAGGCUCACCACAGUGUCAGAGAGGGAGCACUGAAGAUCACGCUGCACGUCCUGAACAUCAUGAACCACACAGAUCUCGCUAAAACAUUACACAAUAAGUUAGAGCUGCUCUCUGUGUAUCAGGACAAACUCCAAUCCAAGCUUGUGGAGAAGUCUAAAAGAAUUAAUGAAGGAAUCUCACAGCAUGGAAGUUCAGCACUUCUGAAUGAGAUCUACACAGAGCUCUACAUCACAGAGGGUUGGAGUGGAGACGUCAAUAAUGAACAUGAGGUGAGACAGAUUGAGACAGUGUCCAGGAGACCAGCAACACAGGAGACACCCAUCAAAUGUAACGAUCUCUUUAAAGACAAGUCCAUCAGAAGUGUUCUGACUAAAGGAGUUGCUGGAAUUGGAAAAACAGUCUCUGUGCAGAAGUUCAUUCUGGACUGGGCUGAAGGAAAAGCAAAUCAGGACGUCACCUUCAUGUUUCCACUUCCCUUCAGAGAGCUCAAUCUGAUGAAGCAGAAACAUCUCAGUCUGAUGGAUCUUCUUCAUCACUUUUUUCCAGAAAUGAAAGAAUUAAAUUUAAUAGACUGUAACUUCUACAAAAUGGUGUUGAUCUUUGAUGGUCUGGAUGAAUGUCGACUUCCUCUAAAUUUCCAGAACAAUGAGAGAUUGUGUGAUGUGACAGAAUCAGCCUCAGUGGAUGUGCUGCUGACGAACCUCAUCAAGGGGAAUCUGCUUCCCUCUGCUCUCCUCUGGAUCACCUCUCGACCAGGAGCAGCCAAUCAGAUCCCUCCUGAGUGUGUGGACCAGGUAACAGAGGUACGGGGGUUCAGUGAUCCUCAGAAAGAGGAGUACUUCAGGAAGAGGAUCAGUGAUCAGCGGCUGGCCAAUAAAAUUAUUAGAAACAUGCAGUCUUCAAAAAGCCUCUACAUCAUGUGUCAUAUUCCAGUCUUCUGCUGGAUCUCAGCCACUGUUCUAGAGAGAAUGUUGGUGAAGCAGAGUGGAGAGAUCCCCAAGACUCUGACUCAAAUGUUCACACACUUCCUGAUCUUUCAGAUCAAACACAGAAACCAAAAGUACCAUAAAAGUGAUCCUGAUCCUCAGCAGAGUAUCCUGGCACUGGGAAAACUGGCUUUCCAGCAGCUGGAGAAAGGAAACCUGAUCUUCUAUGAGGAAGACCUGAGAGAGUGUGGCAUUGAUGUCAGAGAAGCGUCCGUCUACUCAGGAGUGUGCACUCAGAUCUUCAGAGAGGAGUUUGGGCUUCACCUGGGAAAGGUGUUCAGCUUUGUACAUCUGAGUGUUCAAGAGUUUCUGGCUGCUUUAUACGUGUUUCUCAACUUUGUCUUGAAAAACAGAAAUCUUCUAAGGGACCAAAACCCUGGAAUGUUACCUCUCUUAAGAAAGCAACCCAUGUCUGCUCUCCUGAAGAGUGCAGUGGACAAGGCCUUACAGAGUGAGAAUGGACACCUGGACCUGUUCCUCCGUUUCCUUCUGAGUCUCUCACUGGAGUCCAAUCAGACUCUCUUAAGAGAACUUCUGCCCCAAACAGGAAGCAGUUCUCACAGCAAAGAGGAAACAGUCAAGUACAUCAAGGACAAGAUAAAAAGGAAUCCCAUUCCAGAGAAAUCCAUCAAUCUGUUUUUGAGUCUGAAUGAGCUAAAUGAUCAUUCUCUAGUCCACGAAGUUCAAACUUACCUGAAUAGAGGAGGUUAUGGUCGUCUCAGUGGAACCAGACUCUCUCCUGCUCAGUGGUCAGCUCUGGUGUUUGUGUUGCUGAACUCAGAAGAGGAUUUGGAUGAGUUUGAUCUGAAGAAAUAUGAUAGAUCUGAGGAGUGUCUUUUAAAGCUGCUGUUGGUGGUAAAAGCAUGUAGGAAAGCCUUGCUUUUUGGCUGUAAUCUGACAGAGGAAAGCUGUAGAUCUCUGUCCUCAGUUCUCAGCUCAAACUCCUCCAGUCUGAGAGAACUGGAUCUGAGUGACAAUAACCUGCAGGACUCAGGAGUGAAGCUGCUCUCUGCUGGACUGGAGACUCCACAGUGUAGACUGGAGAUACUGAGGCUACGUAGCUGUAAUCUGACAGAGGAAAGCUGUAGAUCUCUGUCCUCAGUUCUCAGUUCAAACUCCUCCAGUCUGAGAGAACUGGAUCUGAGUGUCAAUAACCUGCAGGAUUCAGGAGUGAAGCUGCUCUCUGCUGGACUGGAGAAUCCACACUGUACACUGGAGAUACUGAGGUUAUAUCAGUGCAAUAUUAAAGGUGAAGGUUGUGCUGCUCUAGCUUCAGCUCUGAAAACAAACUCCUCAUCACUCCUGAGAGAGCUGAAUGUGAGCAGAAAUGAUCCAGGAGACUCGGGUGUGAAGCUGCUGUCUGAUCUUCUGAAGGAUCCAUGCUGUACACUGGAGACACUGCAGAUUGAGACAUAAUCACAAACAAAUGAGUAUGAGAAGAGGAUGCUUCUUACACACACACACACACACACACACACACACACACACACACACACACACACAGAGUAUAUGAUAUCACAGGCAGUGUGUGUUUGUGACCUAUCUAAAAUAUGAUCCCAGGUGUGGUGUGUAAUAAAACUAAGAUGUUGA